GAAAGGCUAGUUUCCGGUCUGUGUUUGGUGGCGGUCGUUCUUACAUUGGGAAGAUGAAUGCACCCCCUGCUUUCGAGUCGUUCCUCUUAUUUGAAGGAGAAAAGAAGAUCAGCAUCAGCAAAGAUACUAAAGUCCCCAAUGCUUGUUUGUUCACCCUGAACAAGGAGGACCACACGUUGGGCAACAUCAUUCGAGCUCAGCUGCUAAAAGAUCCUCAGGUCUUGUUUGCUGGUUAUAAAGUUCCGCAUCCUCUGGAGCACAAGAUUGUCAUCAGAGUCCAAACCACACCUGACUACAGUCCACAGGAAGCGUUCACAAACGCCAUCACCGACCUGAUCAGUGAACUGUCUCUGCUGGAAGAGAGAUUUAGAGUCGCCAUCAAAGACAAACAGGAAGGGAUUGAGUGAUGCACUGCCUCCUGCUGUUAGUUCCUGUUGUUUGGACAUUGACAAGUUUUAAGUUUUAUAAAUAAAAUGGGAUGUUGCAUGUG